AUGUCCAAUGGUUCCAGACCCACCGCUAAGCGGUCGCCGUCAAUUUUGGUUACGGAUGCUCGAACAACGCACACAAAAGGUGCCAGAGCGCCGUUUGCUGGCCAGAAUUACAAAAAGCAACAGCAGCAGCAGCAGCAGCAACAACAAAAUCACCAAAACCCCCACCAGAACCAUCAGCAGAACCAUCAACUGCCUGGUGGUCCUGGUGUUAGCCGGGGUCCUAUGGGCAUCAAUCUACACAAGCGAUUUACUGCUCGUGCCAAUAAGUAUACCGACAUCUCUGUUGAUAAAUUAUUGAGUAAUUCUAGCGACAUUCCGUCGGGCCAGAGCCGAUUGCCACUUUUGAACCAAAGCGGACCUUUUUCCCCGCCUCAAAGAAGCAUGUCACCACCGGGUGUUCCGCCGACCAUGGAUCUUCGUCGAAGGAACAUCCGGUCUAUUCCAAAACUUACACAAAACUUGCCGGCUAGAACAUCUAAGAACUCUCAGCGAUUAGUCUUGAUUCCCGAUGAUUUAGGAAUGCCACAUUCUCCACACCGGAUAGAUUCGCCGCCACCAUUGGGUGAUAGGACGACACCACUCAUAUAUAGGAGCCGUGCUGAGCUUAUGCCAAAAGAGGCUCGAGCCAAAGAGUUCAGCAGGGUUACUGCUUAUUACAUUUGCGAAGAAUUUAAUUUGGAGGCGCUUCUGGACUUUUUGGCUAAAAACCACGAGGUCAAGCCAAGAUUAUACGAUGAAGCGCUCUAUGUUCCAUAUGCUCUUCCAUUGCUUCCCGGCAAUGAUGGAUUUCGAGUGAAAUCCAACGACACUGCCAAAUCGCUACCUAAUAAGCGCUAUAUGGAGAAAAUGAUUAAUAAGAGCGAGCAAACAGAUCGGUUGUAUGAAUACUUCUCAGGUGUUGAAACUCCCGAGGAUGCAAACAACUACUCUAUGGAUCCAGAGGAGGGUGCGGGUGAUAACAAUGGCCCCUUCGAUCCUUCGGAGCCGCAGUUUUUUGCUCCACCUUUGGAUGAAUCGGAUAGUGAUAGUGGAAGCAAUAACAGCAACUCUACAGUCGGUAGUCCGCAACAAGAGCAUCCUAGCUCGAACACCGCCGAGCUAGACCCAAGAAAUCAUAAGCAUAAGGAUCACAAGCAGACUUCAGAUGAUCUGACGGAGCUCAGCAAACAUGCAGAGAUGUUUGUCCUCGAGUAUGGAAUUGUGGUAUUUUGGAAUCUCUCGGAGAUCCAUGAGAAGAACAUUCUUGCCGACUUGGCGUUCGCAUCAGAGACCCCUGAGCCUCUUCUUAUCCAUCCAAUCAGUGAGCAAGACAUCGAGACUGAAGAAUUCCACUUCGAAUACGACUCUCAGAUUCAGAGACCCCGAAUUUUCAAUGACAUGAUCACAUUGAGAAGCGGUGAUCACUUGAUUAAGUUGGCCAUGUCGCACGCAAUAGCACAACUGACAAAGCUUUGUCUCUUUGAAAGUCGUAUGGUGUACAGCUUGCAGCUGAUUUCGAAGCUUCCUAAGAAGUUGGCAUUGACAGGGCGCUUGGGAUUAAAACGGCAGCAGUUGAUGAAAAAAUCUGGAAAGUUAUUUAAAUUGAGAGUUGAUGUCAAUUUAUCAAGCUCAAUUCUUGAUACCCCAGAGUAUUUCUGGUCGGUGGAACCUGCAUUACAUCCACUUUACAGUGCUGUGAGAGAGUACCUUGAGAUAGAACAACGAGUUCAGGUUCUUAAUGAACGAUGUAAGGUAUUCUUGGAGUUUACAAACAUUAUCAGCGAUAGCAUCAACGAGUCAAGUACUACGCGAAUUACGAUGAUGAUAAUGAUCAUCAUUUUGAUCAGUUUAUUUGUGAGUGUCUUUGAGUUCGUGUUGGAGAUUUUGUAG